CCAACUCUCACAAUGGCAAUCAAAACCCUCCAAAUUCAACCCCUAAGCGUCCCUUCCACCUCUGCCGUCGACUUUGGCGCCCAAAUCGACAAUGUAGAUCUCGAAAAUUUGUCAACCGCCGACUUCGAGACUAUCCGCAACGCCCUCUACACCUCGCACGUUCUAGUCCUGAAGAACCAAGCCGGCGUCUCCCCAAAAGCACAAUAUGAGCUCACCAAGCGCUUUGAUCCAGCGGCAGAGAGCUACGGGCAUGGAAAGACCCUUGAUGCAAAGAGAUCUGUGCUGCACCCUGACCUCAAGACAAUCCCAAAACAAACACAAGUUCAAGUCAUUGGAAAUGGGUUUUACGACGAGUAUGAAGGGUUGAAGAAUUUCACUCUCAAGCAUCCUCAUCACAAGGUUUUCCACAAGGAUGCUGUUCCAGAAGAGGAUGAUCUUGAUUACACCCGUUUCUAUCGCUGGCACAUCGACGCUGCGCUUUACGCCCUCAACCCACCAAAGGUUACGUCUCUUAUGGCUGUAAAGGUGCCAGCAGGCCGAAGGCAGACUCUCCGCUACGAUGAUGGUUCAGGGGAGGAGCUAGAUGUGCCCCUUGGUACUACGGCUUUUGUCUCGGGUCAGAACAUGUACAAUCUCUUGAGCGAGGAAGAUAAGAAGUUCGUUCGUGAAGCGAAGGUUGAAUAUGCUCCUCAUCCAUAUGUGUGGAUGUCCCCUGCCAAGAGCCGUAGCGAUGGUCUAGGGAUGAUAACUGAUGACCUAGAGCUCCCAGCCUCCGAAUUACCACCUAUCAACGAGAAAGACAUCAAGAUACUCCCAAUGUGCUGGAAGAACCCUGUUACUGGUAAUCUUGCAGUGCAGAUUCAUCCCAGCGCUAUCAAGGCUAUCCAUCUCCCUAGUGGUGAGGUGAUGACGGAUUUGAAAGAAGUGAGGGAGCUGGUCCACCGAUUGCAACGCCCUGCUAUUUCCCCUCAAUAUGUCUAUGGACAUGACUGGGAGGAGGGAGAUUUGGUGCUCUUCAACAAUCAAGGCGUACUUCACAGCGUCGUCGGUGCAUUCAGCCCCGAGGAGAAGAGAUUGUUCAGACAGUGCAAUAUGGCUUCUUCAGAGGGCGUCAUGGGACCAGAUGGAAAGCUCUACUAA